GUGCAGAAGUUCAUUCUGGACUGGGCUGAAGGAAAAGCAAAUCAGGAUGUCCAAUUUGUAUUUUCAUUCCCUUUUCGGGAGCUGAAUUUGAUGAAAGGGGACAAACACACUUUCAUUGAACUUCUUAAUCACUUCUCAAUGGAAACCAAACAAUCAGGAAUCUCCAUCUACAACAAGUACAAAGUUCUGUUCAUCUUUGAUGGUCUGGAUGAGUGCCGACUGCCCCUAGACUUCCAGAAGAACAAGAUCUGUUGGGACGUCACAGAGUCAACCUCAGUGGAUGUUCUGCUGACAAAUCUCAUCAAGGGAAAUCUGCUUCCCUCUGCUCUCCUCUGGAUAACUACCCGACCUGCCGCAGCCAAUAAGAUCCCUUCAACGUGUGUUGACCAGGUGACAGAGGUACGAGGGUUCAAUGACCCACAGAAGGAGGAGUACUUCAGGAAGAGAUUCAGGGAUGAGGACCUGUCCAGCAGAAUCAUCUCACACAUAAAGACAUCAAGGAGCCUCCACAUCAUGUGCCACAUUCCAGUCUUCUGUUGGAUUUCUGCAAUAGUCCUUGAACACAUGCUGAAACAUAAGAGAGAAGAGAUGCCCAAGACUCUGACUGAGAUGUACACACACCUUGUGGUGUUUCAUACCAAACAGAAGAAUGCAAAGUAUCUUGUGAAAGAAGAGACAGGUCCACACUGGAAUAAAGAGAGCAUUCUGUCACUGGGAAAACUGGCUUUUCAACAGCUUGUGAAGGGCAAUCUGAUUUUCUAUGAAGAAGACCUGAAAGAGGCUGGCAUUGAUGUUAAUGAAGCCUCAGUGUACUCAGGAUUGUGCACACAGCUCUUUAAAGAGGAAUGUGGGCUGUACCAGGACAAGGUGUACUGCUUUGUUCAUCUGAGCAUUCAGGAGUUUCUGGCUGCUGUAUAUGUGUUCCUCUCAUUCAUCAACAACAAUGAGAAUCUAAUGGACAAACCGCAAACAAAGUCCAGUGUCUUUUCUUCACUGUUCAGAGAGAAGCCUAAAGUUACUGAAGUUACUGUCUACAAGAGUGCUGUGGAUAAAGCCUUACGAAGUGAGGCAGGAAACCUGGACCUUUUCCUCCGCUUCCUUCUGGGCCUCUCACUGGAGUCCAAUCAGAACCACUUACGAGGUCUACUGACAAAGACAAGAAGCAGCUCACAGAGCCAUGAAGAAACAGUCAAGUACAUCAAGGAGAAGAUCAGGGAGAAUCCCUCUCCAGAGAGGUGCAUCAAUCUGUUCCACUGUCUGAAUGAACUGAAUGACCAUUCUCUAGUGGAGGAGAUCCAAAGCUUCCUGAGAUCAGGAAGUCUCUCAAAACCCAAACUGUCACCUGCACAGUGGUCAGCUCUGGUCUUUGUGUUGCUGACUUCAGAAAAGGAUCUGGAUGUGUUUGACCUGAAGAAAUACUCCAGAUCAGAGGAAGGUCUUCUGAGGCUGCUGCCAGUGGUCAAAGCCUCCAGAGCUGUUCUGCUGUCAGGCUGUGGAGUCACAGAGGAAGGCUGUGCUUCUCUGGUCUCAGCUCUGGAGUCAAACCCCUCACACCUGAGAGAGCUGGAUCUGAGUAACAAUGACCUGAAGGAUUCAGGAGUGAAGCUGCUCUCUGCUGGACUGGGGAAUCCCCACUGUAAACUGGAGACUCUGAGACUCACUGGCUGUAAAAUCAGAAACACAUCCUGUAAAGUGUUGGCCUCAGUUCUCAGUUCAAACCCCUCACACCUGAGAGAGCUGGAUCUGAGUAACAAUGACCUGAAGGAUUCAGGAGUGAAGCUGCUCUCUGCUGGACUGGGGAAUCCCCACUGUAAACUGGAGACUCUGAGACUCGCUGGCUGUAAACUCAGGAACACAUCCUGUAAAGUGUUGGCCUCAGUUCUCAGUUCAAACCCCUCACACCUGAGAGAGCUGGAUCUGAGUAACAAUGACCUGAAGGAUUCAGGAGUGAAGCUGCUCUCUGCUGGACUGGGGAAUCCCCACUGUAAACUGGAGACUCUGAGACUCGCUGGCUGUAAACUCAGGAACACAUCCUGUAAAGUGUUGGCCUCAGUUCUCAGUUCAAACCCCUCACACCUGAGAGAGCUGGAUCUGAGUAACAAUGACCUGAAGCAUUCAGGAGUGAAGCUGCUCUCUGCUGGACUGGGGAAUCCCCACUGUAAACUGGAGACUCUGAGCCUGUCAGACUGUCUAGUCACAGAGGAAGGCUGUGCUUCUCUGGUCUCAGCUCUGGAGUCAAACCCCUCACACCUGAGAGAGCUGGAUCUGAGUAACAACGACCUGAAGGAUUCAGGAGUGAAGCUGCUCUCUGCUGGACUGGGGAAUCCCCACUGUAAACUGGAGACUCUGAGGCUGUCAGGCUGUCUAGUCACAGAGGAAGGCUGUGCUUCUCUGGUCUCAGCUCUGAGGUCAAACCCCUCACACCUGAGAGAGCUGGACCUGAGCUACAAUCACCCAGGAGACUCAGGAGUCAGACUGCUCUCUGCUGGACUGGAGGAUCCACACUGCAGACUGGAGAAACUCAAUGUGGAACAUGGUGGAGAGAACAGAAUGAAACCUGGGCCUAGAAAAUAUGUCUGUGAUCUCACACUGGACCUAAACACAGUAAACAGACUCCUCUCUCUGUCUGAGGAGAACAGAAAGGUGACACGUAGGAGAGAGGAGCAGCCGUAUCCUGAUCACCCAGAGAGAUUUGAGGGCUGUGGACAGGUGUUGUGUAGAGAGGGUCUGACUGGGCGCUGUUACUGGGAGGUAGAGUGGAGUGGGAGAAGGGGGGCUGAUAUUGGAGUGACAUAUAAAGGAAUCAGCAGGAGAGGAAGGGUUAAUGACUGUUGUCUUGGACACAAUGACAAGUCCUGGAGUCUGUUCUGCUCUGACAACAGUUACAUUGCCAGGCACAAUAAUAAUCCCACUACCAUAGUCGUCCCCUCCUCCAGCUCCCACAGAGUAGGAGUGUAUCUGGACUGGUCAGCCGGCACUCUGUCCUUCUAUAGAGCCUCCUCUGACACAUUGACCCACCUGAUCACAUUCACCUCCAUAUUCACUGAGCCCCUCUAUCCAGGGAUUGGGGUUUGGUAUGAUGGUGACUCAGUGUCCCUGAAAUAAGUGAACACACACACUGGACAGAGACACACACACUGGACAGAGACACACACACUGGACAGAGACACACACACUGGACAGAGACACACACACUGGACA